UGUUUCUUCUGUUUUCUAGGUUGUCCGCCGUUCAGUUCGCUGUACCAUUGAACGUUAAAGUGAAAUCUUUAAAUGUGGAGUGCUUUACCGGGGAAAUGGAAGAAGACAGAUCUAACGUUCUGCGUAAUAUGCAGAUUUGCAGAUUGUGCCUGAAUUCCGAUGGGAACUUGUCGAGUAUUUAUGAUGAGACGAGAAACAAGAAGAAAUUACCUCUCUAUCUGCAGAUCAUGGCCUGUGUCAACGUCGAGGUUUACAAGAACGAUGGAAUGCCUGAACUUAUAUGCGAUGAUUGCAAAUACCUGAUCUCGCUAGCCUAUGGUUUCAGGAUCAACUGUAAAAAGGCCAACGAAGCCUUAAAAUCGUUUGCAACUACUGGAAAUCUCAACAAAUCAUUAACAAUCAAUAAGAUACAGAAAGAAAAAGAAGCUAAAAUACGUAAAAUAAACACAGAUCUCUUGGGGAACCCGGCUAAAAAGUUCAAGCCUGACACAAGUGAACCUCCGGCUCAAACCAACCCUAUAUCGGUGGAGUUCGAAGAUGAUGAACAUGCCUUGGAAGAAUACGAAAUCAGGCCUUCAUCUGACAACGCUUUCAGCGUUAAGCUGGUAUCUUCCAACAAGACAGGAGACGUUGAAAUUUCUCCCCUUCGACCCAAAACUUUUCAUUGUUCAAUGUGCGAGAUGACAUUCCCCAUGAAACAACUCCUAGAUAUACAUAUGAGAAAUCACGAGAAGAAAGAUAAGGCUUCGAAAUACGAAGAAGAAAAUCAGUUUUCUUGUGAGGUAUGCAAGAAAGAAUUUUCCGAUGAAGAUAGCCUUCAUCGGCAUGAAAAGAGCCAUGAGACAAACUACACUUGUUAUUGUGGUGUCAGCUUUGGAAGCAGGGAUGACUUACUCGAGCAUUCGAAGAAGAAGCAUGGACAGAGGAAGCCGUUCACUUGUGGUGAAUGCGGAAAGAGCUUCGUUUUCAAACAGGGCCUAGAAAAUCACAUAGCUACUCACAACGCCGACAAACCACACAAAUGCAACUACUGCGAAGCCUUCUUCACGUCCCCAAUCAAGUUGACCCGCCAUCUGACGUCGCACGCCGUUUUGCGGCCUUAUCCUUGUAAAUUCUGCAAGAGGACCUUCCUCCUGAGCCACCACCUCACCAGACACAUGCGCAGCCACUUCGCGGCCAGGUCCAACAACCUACAACAGAUCGGCCAACACAAAUGCGACAUAUGCAGCAUGUCCUUCAGGCGGAAAGACUCCCUGAUCAACCACAGCGCCAUACAUUCCAUGGUGAACCUGAAGUGCGUGAUCUGUUACACGGAAUUCGAGAAUGCCCAGGCGGUGAAAGAGCACAUAUCCACACACUUGUCGGGACUUCCGUUCCCAUGUGAGAAGUGUUCUUAUUCUUUCGAGAGCAAGGAUCAGUUGGAGGAGCACGAACUCAAACACGCCGAGAUGGAGUACGAAGAACAGAUCGAAAAGGAAGUGGUGGAGGAGGCCCGCGCCCAGGGGCAGAUCUCCGGAGACCUGGAUAGCGCCGAGGACGACGACGAAGAGUUCGGCGGCGACCACAUGGGAAGGACCGGUGACGACGACGAAGAUUACGUGAUGGACGAGGAUGAGGAGAUGAGCUUCCACUCCUCCUUCGCGUCUCAGAGCGAAAGCGGCGGCGCGGUCAGGCGGUCCACCAGACAGCGCAAGACCAAGCGCUUCACCGAUUUCCUGAAAAGCGAACCGGAUUCCGAUCCAGAGCAGGAAGAAUAUCAGGAGCAGGCGCACUCCAGUAAGGAUCAGGUGCAUCAGACCGCCGAACAGGAAGCAGACACCUCGCAGGACGAGGAAGACGGCUUCAUCAAGCCCAUCUUCCGCAGGGAAGGCGUGAGGAUGUACCAGAGGAAGACGCCGGUUAGGAGGCCGAAGAUCCUGAACUCGAUACCGAUGGGAAACAUGAAGACGGCGCCUUUGUCCCAGAUAAACCAACCGCAGGUGACGACCAUCGAGAAUCUUGGUCUGACGACGAAGGACCUGGAACAGUUGCCCACUGAGAAAUACGUGAACAUGAAGAUUGGUAACAAGACGGUGAGGGUGCAGAAAUUGGUGCUCACCAAGGAAGAAAUGAAAGCGAUGGCUAGGGAAGGUAAAAUACGUGGUAAUACCGUGCUGAUAAAGAACCCUGGACCUCAGGCGUCCAAUAAGGUGGAUCUGUCGCCCCUCCUGGAGGAUCCCUUGCCCAAGGACCCCCUGGCGAGAAUUUCGAAAUCUUACCAGAAAAAAACUACGGCUUCCGCGUCCUCCAGUCAGAAUACCCUGAUAAUAAAUGAUAUAAUCAUCGAUAACAUCGAAGAUCAGGAUAACAGGAUGGAUGAUAUGGUUAAUCUGUCGUGAAGUUAGGUCAGUGUGGAACUGAAGGAAUUGGUAUCAUUGAGUAUUGAUUUUUUUUCCGUCAAUUAAUCAAUUUAACUUCUGAUAAAUUUAUUUACAACAACUUCAUCUGUUUAAACAUGCAAAUUCUAAGUUUAUUUUAUUGUUGUAUAAAUAAAUAAAUUUUCUGAA